AUGGUCAAGGUGGCGGGAGGUGGAUUCUUGUCUACUUUGGGCCGUGCUAGAGGAGUCGAGAUCGAGAUUGCGGGGCAGUCAAUGCCAGCAGACUUAGUCAUCAGUCCGGUGGAGCUGUAUGACGUUAUUCUCGGGAUGGACUGGUUGUCACACUACAGAGUUCAUCUGGAUUGCUACAGAGGUAGAGUGGUCUUCGAGCGAGAUGCAGGGAGGUUGGUUUAUCAGGGAGUGAGACCGACUUCCGGGAGUAUUGUGAUAUCUGCUAUUCAGGCCGAGCAGUUGUUAGAGCGGGGCUGUGAGGCGUAUCUGGCGACGAUUUCUAUGUCUGAGUCAGGAGCUGGAGUUGUUAUGGGAGAUAUUGAGGUUGUCCAGGAUUUUGAGGAUGUCUUUCAGUCACUGAAGGGAUUACCACCAUCUCGGUCUGAUCCUUUCACGAUUGAGUUAGAGCCGGGGACAGCACCGAUAUCGAAGACGCCUUACAGGAUGGCGCCAGCUGAGUUGGCAGAGCUGAAGAAGCAGAUAGAGGACCUUUUGUCUAAGGGGUUCAUUCGACCGAGUGUUUCACCGUGGGGAGCACCGGUGUUGUUUGUGAAGAAGAAGGAUGGAGUUUCAGACUUUGUAUCGAUUACAGAGAUUGACUUGGCAUCGGGGUAUCAUCAGAUCCCGAUAGAUGAGGCAGAUGUCAGGAAGACUGCUUUCAGGACGCGUUAUGGGCAUUUUGAGUUUGUGGUUAUGCCUUUCGGUUUGACUAACGCGCCGGCAGCCUUCAUGAGAUUGAUGAACGACGUGUUCAGGGAGUAUUUGGACGUGUUCGUCAUCAUUUUCAUUGAUGAUAUUCUGGUAUACUCGAGGAGUCAGGAGGAGCAUGCGACUCACUUGAGGUUGGUUCUGGAGAAGCUUCGGGAGCAGAAGCUUUUUGCUAAGUUGAGCAAGUGCAGUUUCUGGCAGCGAGAGAUGGGAUUUCUUGGCCACAUUGUUUCUGCAGAGGGAGUUUCUGUGGAUCCGGCUAAGAUUGAGGCUAUCAGAGAUUGGCCUAGACCUAGUAGUGCCACCGAGAUCAGGAGUUUUCUGGGUUUGGCAGGAUACUACAGGAGGUUCGUCAAGGGGUUUGCUACCAUGGCGCAGCCGAUGACGAAGUUGACUGGGAAGGAUGUCCCGUUUGUUUGGUCAGCUGAGUGUGAGGAGAGCUUUAGUCAGCUCAAGGAGAUGUUGACUACUACACCAGUGUUGGCGUUACCCGAGCCAGGGAAGCCUUACAUGGUGUAUACAGAUGCUUCAGGCAUUGGUCUUGGUUGUGUGCUGAUGCAGGAGGGCAGAGUGAUAGCAUAUGCUUCGAGACAGUGGCAGGGCAGUGAGCGUAACCGUCCUACACAUGACUUAGAGUUGGGAGCAGUGAUCUUCGCGUUGAAGAUUUGGAGGUCUUACUUGCUAGGUGAGACAGUACAGGUCUUCACGGAUCACAAGAGUUUGCAGCAUAUCUUCACUCAGCCGAUGAUGAACGCGAGACAGACGCGCUGGGUUGAGUUCUUGGCGGACUAUCAGGUGAGCAUUAACUACCAUCCGGGCAAGGCUAACCUAGUGGCGGACGCGUUGAGUAGACGGAGGUAUGAUUCCGCAGUUGAGCGAGAUGUGGAGUCUCUAGUUGGCGAGAUCAGUACCUUGCGUUUGUGUGCCAUUUCGCAGGAGCCUUUGGGUUUAGAGGCAGUGGAUCAGGCGGAUCUACUUAGCAGGAUCAGAGUUGCUCAGCAGAGUGAUCAGAGUUUGCUGGAUGCGACUAGAGUGACUGGUUCUGAGUAUGAGGUCUCUGCGAAUGGGACUAUCUUGGGAGCGACCAAGAUGUACCAUGACCUCAAGAGGUACUAUCAUUGGGUCGGGAUGAAGAGGGAUGUAGCAGACUGGGUUGCGAAGUGCAACACUUGUGCCUUGGUGAAGGCAGAGCAUCAGGUUCCGGGUGGUCUUUUGCAGAGUUUACCCAUUCCAGAGUGGAAGUGGGACAGGAUUACGAUGGAUUUCGUGGUUGGACUACCUGUUUCGAGGACUUUCGAUGCUAUUGGGAAGUUUGUGCGAGAGAUUGUGAGGCUGCAUGGAGUGCCAGCUAGUAUUGUGUCAGACCGUGAUCCCAGAUUCACUUCAGAGUUUUGGAGAGCUUUUCAGGCAGAGAUGGGCACUAAGGUGCAUCUGAGUACAGCUUAUCAUCCGCAGACAGAUGAUCACCUGAGCUUAGUUGAGUUUGCAUACAACAACAGCUUUCAGGCGAGUAUUGGCAUGGCUCCAUUUGAGGCUUUGUAUGGGAGGCCAUGUAGGACACCCCUAUGCUGGACCCAAGUGGGGGAGCGCAGCAUGUAUGGAGCUACUUAUGUUCAGGAGACGACAGAGAAGGUUCGUGUUGUGAGGCUGAACAUGAAGGAGGCUCAGGAUAGGCAGAAGAGUUAUGCAGAUAGACGCAGACGAGAGCUUGAGUUUCAGGUUGGAGAUAGAGUUUAUCUCAAGAUGGCUAUGUUGAGGGGUCCUAACAGAUCCAUAGCAGAGAACAAGCUGAGUCCGCGUUUUAUGGGUCCGUUUCCAGUAGUGGAGCGAGUUGGGCCAUUGGCUUACAGGCUGGAGUUGCCUGAGAUUAUGAAAGCCUUUCACAAGGUUUUUCAUGUGUCGAUGCUGAGGAAGUGUCUUCACCCUACAGAGGAGUUAGUGGCUAGGAUUCCAGAGGAUCUUCAGCCAGAUUUGACAGUGCCGGCAGUGCCUUGGUUCUACAGAGGAGACUUGGGAGCCAGAGGCAAAGAUGAAGUUGAAGUUCAGGAAGUGGUUCGACAAGCAGGUGAGGAUCUCCAGUGUUGCGGCCUUGCGAGGUCGGGUUUUGUGGUCUUUGUGACGUUUGUGUUGGGAUUCGAGGACGAAUCCAGUUUAGUGGGGGAGAGUUGUAACAUCCGUAAACCAAAAAGCCGUCUUCCUUCUCCUCUGUUUUUGUCGUUUAGUGAGCAAAACGUGAAGGAGAAGAUAAUUGGAGGCGAUUUCGGUGUUGUGAGCUCAAUCCAAGGCCGUUCAUCGUCUAUUGGAGGCUUGGGUUCGUGUGGCGGCUGUUGUGUGGUGGUUUUGGCGGUGUUCUUCGUCGAUUUCGUUGUGUUUCUUCAUCUCCCUUCGUUUUCCCCUUUUUAA